GAAUUAGGGAGCCGCACAUUUUGGUGGGGGUUGCCUUAUAUGAGGCCCUGUCUUGGUGGUUUCAAGCAACACGUCAAUAACCAAGUACCCGAGUAACUCAUCGAGUGAACACCAGCAGCAUGAACACCAUCCUUUUCACAAUUUUCGCCAUAACGGCGGUCGCCGUCGCCGAAAACGCCGACCCGACGGCGACUCCGAUCGCCAUUCUGAGCCAAUCCCAGUCCAUCGAGCCCGACGGCAGCUUCAAGUCCGAGUUCAAAACAGCCAACGGGAUCUCGGAACAAGUUGAAGGCAUGAUAAAGAAGAUCGCCGACGGGAGCGAAGUCACGGUUGUACGUGGCUCCGUUUCCUGGGUCGACGCCGACGGCUCCACCAAAACGUUCACCUACGUCGCUGACGAAAACGGAUACCAGCCCGAGGGUGACUUCCUCCCGACAACCCCGCCGGUUCCUCUGCCCAUCGCGAGAGCCAUCGAAUGGGCCAAGACUCAUCCCGACAGCACCACGGUUCAGGGUGAGGAGUGAGGAGUGAGGAGUGAGGCGUCGCCUGGGCAGGAAAUCAUUCAGUGGAUUUACUUCAGUAACAUCUAAGUUCAUGAUUGCUUUUUUUUUUUUUUUUCUUUCUUUUUUCUUAUUUUAGACGUUAUUCUGUACGUGCCAUGUACUAAUAAUAUACCUACCAACUGGUUUCACUAAUUUUAAAGUAAUAAAAGGUU